UGAAGUGUCAAAUGCCUUUCUAGUUUCUAGUUAGUCGCAAAUAACAGAAUAGUUCUGAAAUUAAAAAGGCUUCAAAUUUCAAAACGAAAUACGUUUUAAUUUUACUGUUUAGCAGCAUGCAGUCUUUGAAAGGAUUUUAUUUUAAGACAGCUUUCCAAAGAGUUUGGUGUUUAUGUUCACGAAAUGAAUACUCUCAGAAACCACCUCUGACAGAAUUUGAGGAAAACGAGUCCAAAGGUGAAUCUAAAAGGUUAGCAGAAUUUCGAAAGAAAUUAAGAGAAACUACACCAAUACAAGAUUUGGGAGAACAAGCAGAUUUUACUCCUCCUAAAGAGGAUCCCCUACCACCAUGGCCUAAUGACAUUAACCCAAAUACGGGAGAAGUUGGUGGACCUAGAGGCCCAGAACCUACAAGAUAUGGAGAUUGGGAACGUAAAGGAAGAGUGUCUGAUUUUUAAAUGUUUUGUUGAAAUUAUUACAUUUAUACUGUGA